AUGACCUCCAGUCUUGUGGCUCGAGUUCUCGGGAAUUGUCCCCUGGUACAGGCGCCUCAGUGGGGCACGGUGAGAGAGCGGGUCCUUAAAGAUGGCACUCUACAGACCGUGUACUCGUGUGAACCAGGCCGUAGAUUGAAGGGCCAUAAAAUACUGACUUGCACUGCCGACGGUUGGAAUCAUCCUAUCCCGAAAUGCGUGCCUUACGACAACAGAUUCCGACACUUUCGCAACGAUCUUUAUCUCGGCGAUGAUCCAAUUUCAACGACACCGUCUGAGGAGAGGGCGGCGAGGGAGAGGCUGAGGGCGCGCAAGAGGAUCGGCGAGUUGAAGAAACGUAGAAAAGCGAAGGAAAGGAGGCAGAGGCUGAAGCAAGCCACAGAGAAGUCGCUGGUGGCCGAAUCGCCGCCGGCCACGCCACUCGCCGCGUUGAAUGAAACAAUAAUGUCGAGGUUGGAUCUGAGCUGCUUCGUGAAGGCGCGCAGAAAAGGAUUUGCGAAAGCCCCUCCGGUUGAAAACGCGUAUCCCGCCAAGUAUGCCAGGAGAAAGAACGUUCUACCGCCGUACAAUCGAUACCUCGUGGCAGCUUACGAGUGCACCAAGGGAUACGUUUUUGAGGACUCGAUGGCUGAUCGACUUUUCUGCAGCGACGGCACUUGGUUAGGCGCACUUCCGCGUUGCGUAAAAGUGGAAGAAGCGACACUCAAUAACGUGAACCGUUGCAAUCAGGAUCGCGGCGGCUGCGAACAUGUGUGCGAAGACACUCAAACCGGCGUGAAGUGCUCCUGUUUUGACGGAUUUCGCGCCAAAGGAUCUUCCUGCAUAGACGUAGACGAAUGUGCCGAAGGUACAGCUGGUUGCGCUGGAAUUUGUCACAACGAUCCUGGUUCCUUCCAUUGUGAGUGCCAUCCUGGUUAUCAAUUGGGAACUGAUGGUAAAUCGUGCUUGGACGUUAACGAGUGCUUGGUGAAUAAUGGGCACGGGCCGUGCCAAGGCACUUGCAUCAAUCUCGAAGGGAGCUACGAGUGUAGCUGCUCCGAUAUUCCCGGUCACAAAUUGGCUCCGGAUAAUCACACCUGCGAGGAUAUCGACGAGUGCUCAACGAACAACGGCGGAUGUUCUCAUGUUUGUUUGAACACACCUGGAAGCGCCUUCUGCCUCUGUCCAGAUGGGUUUUAUCUAACGAGCGACUGGAAAAUCUGCCAAGAUAUCGAUGAGUGCGCAAAUGCAUCGAAGGUUUGCGCGAAUAAUACCGAUUGUGAGAACACCAUUGGCUCCUUCAAAUGCGUCAGCAGGCCUCAGAAGAUGACGAAAGUCCUUCAGGACGAGGAUUACGACGCCGAAGACGAUGACGAGGACGAGGACGAUGACUACGGCGAGGAGGAAGAUGUCACAGAGAUUCCAGAAUUCGGAAAAUGCGAGGAGGGCUUCGUGAAAAAUCAAAACGGCGAGUGCAUUGACAUCGACGAGUGCGUAGAAGGGGACGACGGGGAUCCCCAUGGUUGUCAACACGAGUGUGUAAACGAACCUGGUGGCUAUUACUGCGUUUGUCAUACAGGCUUCGAUCUCCACGAGGACGGUGUGUCCUGCAACGACGUCAACGAGUGCAAUAAAACACCUUCCCUCUGUUCCCAUGGCUGCAACAACACUCUAGGCUCCUACGUCUGUACAUGUCCCGCAGGAUUCAGUCUGAAGGAAGACAAUGUCACCUGUGGUCGAGCUAGGACCUGUGAAACUUUAACAACACCGUGUUCUCACGAGUGUCAAGAAUCGGAGGACGGUCCUAUCUGCAUAUGUCCUAGCGGAUACCAGUUGCAAGAGGACGAAGUUAGCUGCACGGACAUAAACGAGUGCACUUUGGACUUGUGCUCCCAUUCCUGUGUGAAUUUAGAAGGUAGCUUCGUGUGCACUUGUCCGGAUGGCCUGGAGACGGUGGAACACGAGAAAUUCAAUUGCACCGACAUAGACGAGUGUGCCAGAAGUGUUCACAACUGUGAACACGAGUGUACGAAUGUUCACGGGAGCUUCACUUGUGCCUGUAGACCUGGGUUCCUGUUGAACCACGACAGAAACACCUGUUCCGAUAUCGACGAAUGCUCGAAGGACGAGCACAAGUGUGGUCAGGUGUGUGUCAACUCUGUUGGAAGCUACAGUUGCUCGUGUCGCGAAGGAUACAAGCUCCUGGAAGAUGCUUUCAACUGUGAGGACGUGGACGAGUGCGCUGGUAACCAACAUGGUUGUUCCCAUGGGUGUGUCAACGAGGAUGGAAGUUACAAGUGCAAUUGUCCCGUAGGUUUUCUGUUAGGCAACGAUUCCAAGAUGUGUCAGGAUGUGAACGAGUGUCUCGAAGGGAUUCAUCAGUGCUCCUACGAGUGUGUGAACGUGCAAGGUUCUUACGAAUGUAGAUGCCCCGUUGGAAUGACUAUUUCCAACGAUAACAGAUUGUGUACCAUGGUUGACGUGUGUAGUUUGGCUAAUUGUUCCCACGAUUGUCAAAGGGAAGGAGAUACGUUCAAGUGCAGCUGUCGUAAAGGCUACGUUCUAGAAGACGAUGGAAAAAAUUGCAAGGACUUCGACGAGUGCAUUGAAGACGAACACGACUGUUCCCACGACUGUGUGAACACUCCAGGAAGUUACAAAUGCACCUGCCCCGAAGGUCUGAAACUUCUGCAAGAUGGUCUGACCUGCGGGGACCCGGUGUGUCCUGAAGGACUUCGUCAGGAUGACAAAGGCCAGUGUCGGGACAUUGACGAGUGUCUAGAAAACGAUCACGAGUGUUCGCAUAUUUGUAAGAACGAAUAUGCCACUUAUCGCUGUUCCUGUCCUUCGGAAUUGACAUUAUCCGACGAUGGUAUCACGUGUAUCAUCAGCGAUCCUUGUUCCAAAGCUCUGUGUUCCCAUUCCUGCGUUCCUGAUGGUUCGAACCACAGAUGUAAGUGUACUUCAGGGUACAAACUUGGUAACGAUGGUGCAACCUGUGAGGACAUCGACGAGUGUGAAGAGAAAUCUCACAACUGCAGCUCUAUCUGCAAGAACAACGAAGGUUCCUACACCUGUGAGUGUCCAAAUGGAUUCAGACUCUCGGAAGACAACCAAAAUUGCGUCGACAUUGACGAAUGUGCCGAGAAAAGUCACAACUGUCUUCACAAUUGCAUAAAUCUCGAAGGAUCGUACGAUUGCUUCUGUCCAGAAGGCCACGUGUUCUCCAAAGAGACAUUCUCGUGCGAGGAUAUCGACGAGUGCCAAACUUCGCAACACAACUGCUACGUGUUCUCCAAAGAGACAUUCUCGUGCGAGGAUAUCGACGAGUGCCAAACUUCGCAACACAACUGCUCCCACGUGUGUACAAACACCAUUGGUAGCCACAACUGCACCUGUAGACCAGGCUGGAUCCUCAACGACGACCUGAGGACCUGUGAAACCGCGAACAAUCUCAAUUGCUCGCACACGUACGAGCAAGACGGCGACGAGACUCGUUGCGGUUGUCCAGAAGGCUUCGAGCUAGAGGACGACGAGAGAACUUGCAGCGACGUGGACGAGUGUUCGCAGGAGCUUCACUCUUGCAGUCACAGUUGCGUGAACACCAAAGGCUCCUACCUCUGCGAGUGUCCCUCAGGCUUCGAACUACAAUCGGACCGAAUAACCUGCGAGGACAUCGACGAAUGCAUCCGCAACAACGCUGGCUGUUCCCACAACUGCGUCAACACCGAGGGCAGCUUCGAAUGUACCUGUCCGGAAGGAUACGAGUUAAGCGACCAAAAGAACUGUCAAGACGUCGACGAGUGCUCGAGGAAUCUUCACGAAUGCUCUCACCGAUGCGAGAACACCGACGGAACGUACGUGUGCUCGUGUCCAGAGGAUUUGCCGCUGGGACAGGAUAAUAAGACCUGCUCCAACGUGGAUCCGUGCGGAUUCUCUCACAACUGCAGUCACACGUGCGUGAACGUCCACGGUGGUUACAAAUGCGACUGUCGCGCUGGCUGGAAAUUAAGCCAGGACGGUCGUACGUGCGAGGAAAUUGAUUUUUGCGUCGGUGGACAGCACGGCUGCUCCCACGAGUGUGUCACCGGUCCAGACGGCUUCCAGUGCAGUUGCCCGGACGGUUAUGUUUUGUCCGAGGACGGGAAGAGCUGUCUGGACAGAAACGAGUGCAAGGAGGCGAGCGAAAACGAGGUAAACAACAGCUGUUCCCAUUCCUGCGUCAACACCGAGGGCAGCUUCGUGUGUCGCUGCCCGACGGGCUAUCGACUGGCCGACGAUCAAAGGAGCUGCGAGGACGUGAACGAGUGCAUCGAGGACAACGGUGGCUGCUCUCACCUUUGUGCGAACAUCGAGGGCGACGUUGAGUGCGCUUGUCCGGAUAAUUACAAGCUACUCGAGGACGACAGAAGGACCUGCGUGGAGAUCGACGAUUGCUUGAUCGACAACGGAGGUUGUUCGCAUCUGUGUCAUUACGAGAACGGCACUGUCUCCUGUUUCUGUCCUCCGGGGAUGAUCUUGGAGGACGAUAAUGUCACGUGUACGCAGGAGAACAACUGUUACGUGGAGAACGGUGGAUGUUCGCAUUUUUGUAACUACCAGGAUGGAAAUGUAUCCUGUUCCUGUCCUGCCGAGAUGGUCCUGUCUGAGAACGGUACUCUGUGCGUGGAAGGAAACAGGUGUCUGGUGAAGAAUGGAGGAUGUUCCCACGAUUGUUAUUACGAGAACGGAGAAAUGUCGUGUCUCUGUCCGCGUGAAAUGAUCCUUUCGGAAGAUAAACUUCUUUGCGUCUACGAGAACAAGUGUUUCGACAAUAACGGCGGUUGCUCGGACAUCUGCUCCUUUUCGAAUGGGUCCAUCAGCUGUGAGUGUCCUUCUGGGUUCAGGCUUUCGACGGAGGAUAAUGCUACUUGCGUCGACGUCGACGAGUGCCUCGAGCUUUUGGACAAUUGUACACACAAAUGCAAUAAUACCGAUGGGGGAUUCGACUGUACCUGUAACGAAGGGUUCACUGUGAACCCUGAUGAACCUGCUUUUUGCGACGAUAUAGACGAGUGCGAGGAUUUAAACGGCGGAUGUUCUCAUACGUGUCUGAACUUCGUUGGAUCGUCUCGUUGCGCCUGUCCAUCGGGAUACGUUCUUGAGAAUAACAACAAAACCUGUAGGCUGAUCGAUGACUGCAAGCAGAACAAUGGCAACUGUUCGCAUCACUGUCACCACGAAGAAGGCACCGAGAAGACACACUGCUCCUGUCCUAUAGGCUUCAGACUGAAACAGGAUCAGAAGACCUGCGAGGACAUCAACGAGUGUGAAGAAUUCGAGAACGACGUGGAUUUGGGUUGCUCGCAUAUUUGUGUGAACACAGGGGGAGGAUACUAUUGCGAAUGUCCAUCAGGAUACAUUCUGCUACCAGAGGACAAGAAGUAUUGCAUAGACGUGAACGAGUGUCUAAAUAGCCAGCAUAAUUGCAGUCACGAUUGCUUGAAUCUGUUAGGUAGCUACGUGUGCACCUGUUUCGAAGGUCACUAUCUUCAUUCCGACAAAUCUACCUGUUUAGACAUCAACGAGUGCCUCGAAAAGAAUGGCGACUGCUCGCACGAGUGCACGAAUACCAUCGGUGGCCACUUUUGCUCCUGUCCAUCGGGCUACGAGCUCUCCCAGGAUGAGAAAACCUGUGUCGACGUAGACGAGUGCAAGACAGGAGUAGCCGAUUGUUUCCACGAGUGCGUCAACACGAUAGGUUCGUGGAAUUGCACCUGUCCGGAUGGCCACGAUCUAGCGAACGAUUCCAAAAGCUGCCUGGUCGUCAACGAGUGCGUGGUGAAUAACGGAGGCUGUUCUCAUAACUGUUUGAACGUAACUGGAGGCGUCGAAUGCAGUUGCCCAGUUGGAUUGCAAUUGGACGAGACUGAGAAAAUUUGCAAGGACAUCGAUGAGUGCUCGGUUGAAAAUGGCGGCUGUUCAGAUAUCUGUGUCAAUACGGAAUCCAGCUAUUCCUGUGAAUGUUCCCCUGGAUUCCACUUGCACACGGAUUCUCACUUUUGCUUGGAUAUCAAUGAAUGCGAGAUGGAGAACGGAGGUUGUUCCGAUAAUUGUAUAAACGUGGAAGGCAGCUAUCGUUGCGAAUGUCCAGCAGGAUUUAUUUUGAAGGAGGAUCAGAGGUCUUGUACCGAUAUGAACGAAUGCGAAAGUAACAACGGAGGAUGUUCUCACGUGUGUAUCAACGAGCUGGGAUCUUACAGAUGCGAUUGUCCGGUUGGCCGUGAGUUGAAGGAUAAAUCGUGCCACCCUGUAGAUCUCUGUGCCAGUAACAACGGCGGCUGCGAGCAGAUUUGUAAUACGAAGAAUGGAUCGGUUGUGUGCACGUGCAGAGAAGGCUUCCGCCACGAUCAGACUAAUCGCUCGAGGUGCAGAGAUAUCGACGAGUGCGGUGGCCAGCAUGGAUGCGAUCAGCUGUGCGUGAACACUGUCGGCUCGUUCGAGUGCAGAUGCAGGGACGGCUUCGAGAUGCAGAACUCGAGUUGUGUCGAUAUCGACGAGUGUGCGAGCGGUCCUUGCAAGAGGAACAAGUGCAUCAACACUUACGGCAGCUAUCGUUGCGAGUGUCAGUCGGGGUAUCGAUUGGACGGGGACGAUUGUGUAGACGUAAACGAAUGCGAGUGGAACAACGGCAGAUGCGAGCAAGAUUGCAUUAAUACAGCCGGAUCCUACGUGUGUGCCUGUCGUCCUGGUUAUAUCUCGAGUCAGAGAAAUAGAAGCCAGUGCCAAGAUAUAAACGAGUGCUUGAACCGUAACGGGGGCUGUAACGGUGAAUGCGUUAACACAGCCGGAAGUUACUACUGUACGUGCAACGGCGACCUGGUGUUGGCUUCCGACGAGAGAACUUGUGUUUCAACGGAAUUGAGAUGUCGUGCUAUGGAGCCGCCGCACCACGCCGAAAUCAGAUGUCCCGGUCAUUCUUCCGGGGCAGUGGAUUAUCCCGUUGGAGCCAGAUGUCAUAUACGAUGUCGAAGGGGCUUCAGGCUGGAGGGACCGCACACGAGGUACUGUAUGGCCGGAGAUCGAUGGAACGGGAAGGAGCCGACUUGUAUUCAAGAAUCGAUCGUGACCGAUUCCCGUUACCAUUCAGACAUGCCACGACCGUUCGUGAGGUGUCCCCGAGACAUGGACGUCGAGCUACCCGCAAGGCAGAACACGAUACGCGUCUCGUUUCCGCAGCCUAAGUCCAACAUGAACUGGUGGAGGUACGUGGACGCCUCUCCGUCAUGGGCGAAGCAAUUGCAGGCGGAUCUGCCGGCAGGUACGACGGUCGUCACCUUCACGGCGUGGUCACCCGUGUCGAAUUAUACCAGCACGUGCAGGAUAGUGAUCCGCGUCCGAGACACGGAGAAUCCGAAAGUUUCGACGUGCCCGACGUCCUUUGAAGUGCGGCUAAGCCCUGGCGAGCGAAAUCGCUUAAUAUUCUGGCAGGAGCCAACGUUCACCGACAACGUCGCCGUCGAGCGGGUCUACAAAACGAGGGAGCCCGGACAACUGAUGUACCCCGGCAUUCACAACGUGCGCUACAUCGCUUCCGAUGCAGCCGGAAAUCGAGCCGAAUGCCAUUUCUCGAUACACGUACGAGAAUCCGAGCGUCGCCGAGAUUCCGAGCCGCGGUACUAUAGAAGAAGGAUGCUGAUGUGUCCCGGUAGACCACCCCAGCCGAUACCAUCCACCGGUUACGGGUGGCAGAUACCGAGCGGAUGUUAUCUGAGGUACACGAGAAUCUUCUCUGGGGCGUAUGCUGUUCAGAACUAUCGGGGACAGGGGCAGAACGGUUAUCAAGAGGCGAGAGCGGCUUAUCACGAAGUUCAUCCCAUUCACGGGAGCCAAGGUCAAUCUCAACUACCCGCUUCGUAUCCCCUCGGAGACUAUCGACACGCGAGACAGUAUCAGCUGCGCGAGCAACAGCAGCGACGCUCCUCGAGGACGGACCGCGUUUCAUCAGCGUCGACUCAUUACGACAGGGGCCGCGUCGAGACGAGAAUAUUGCCGCGGCGUAAAUGCUGCGCGUAA